AUGGCAAGACAAGACAUCCCCUUGUUCCUCCAUGGCUUUGAUCUUAGUGGUAACUUCACUGACCUCCGUCCUCUGGGCACUGGGGUCACUGGUCUGGUUCUGUCUGCGUACGACCAGAGGAGCGGGCAAAAAGUGGCCAUAAAGAAGCUGCUGAUGAGGGACGCCGUGUCGGUGAAACACGCUCUGAGGGAGGUGAAGAUAACCAGGAGGCUGCUCCAUGAGAACGUGGUGAGGGUCUAUGACGUCCUGGCCCCACACGGACGUCCCCUGCCCCAGGACCCCCGGCAGCUCAGCGCCCUCUACAUCAUCCAGGAGUGUAUGGAGACGGACCUGGCCAGGCUCCUGGAGCAAGGGCCCUUACCCACAGGUCAUGCCACUCUGCUGUUCUACCAACUGCUGAGGGGCCUGAAGUUCAUCCACUCGGCCAACGUCCUUCACCGAGACCUGAAACCCGCCAACAUCUUCAUCAACACUGACCAACUGCUGCUCAAGAUCGGAGACUUUGGCCUGGCCAGAAUCGUCGACCCGCACUACUCUCACAAGGGCUAUCUGUCUGAGGGUCUGGUCACCAAGUGGUACUGCUCACCCCGCCUCCUCCUGUCGCCCAACAACUACACCAAAGCCAUCGACAUGUGGGCAGCCGGCUGUAUCCUGGCAGAGAUGCUCACCGGGAACAUGCUGUUUGCAGGGGCUCAUGAGCUGGAGCAGAUGCAGCUGAUCCUGGACACAGUUCCUGUUCUCAGGGAGGAGGACCGACGAGAACUGUUGCGGGUGAUGCCGUCUUAUGUCAGUGAUGGAUGGAGAGUGAAGAGGCCGUUCUCCGAGCUGCUGUCGGGUGUGGACCCUCAGGCUGUGGAUUUCUUGGGCCGUAUCCUGACCUUUAAUCCCAUGGACCGGCUGACGGCAGAGGCGGCGCUGUCCCACCCGUUCAUGUCUCCAUACGCGUGUCCAGAGGACGAGCCUGUGUCCUCUCAGCCCUUCAGGAUCGAGGAUGAGCUGGAGGACAGUCUGAGCGAGGCCUGUCUGAGCCACUGCAGCAGCUCCACAAACUGGGACAGGUUUGGGAACAGCCUCUCCACAGACUUGUGUUGGCAGCACUCGGGGGGCCGGUGCCGCUGUAUGCCCCCCAGUAUCAUGACCUCUGACCUGGGUGACACAGAGGACGAGGAGGUGCAGAAGGACCCAAGGGCGAACUCUGCUACUCUGAUAGAGGAGGCGCAGGUGGACCCACGCAAAUACUCCCAUAGCAGCUCUGCCGAACGGUUCUUGGAGCAUUCGCACUCGUCCCUGGAUCGGGCGUUCAUGUCCGGGGAUCUGGACUGCGGCCGCUCCUGUGACUACAAAGUGGGCUCUCCCUCUUACCUGGACAAAAUCGCCUGGAGGGAGGGAAAACCACAGCACUACUCUGAACCCAAACUCAUUCUAGAUCUGUCCCACUGGAAACGCAAUACCAGCAGCAGCCUGAACGUCCCGUCUGAACCAGUAGGGGGCAGCGUGGAGGACGUGGAAAUGGAAAUGAAGACUGAAGAGGAGGAGCAGGGAAGUGGCGAUUUGUUCCAGGAGAUUUCACGUUGGGUUGAAAGCACGCAAUCACGGCUUCACUCACCCUCUCCUAGCUCGUUAAUAGAACCAGUUUUUCCUAAUUGCUACACUUCCUCUCCUCCUUUACCCCUUUCUCCGACCGACCAGCAAGCUCCAGUCUUCCACUACACAGAAGUUAUCCAACCUCCCUCGCCCGAAUUUGAACGCUCACCGAGUCCAAUUCCUCCUAAUACCACCUCGUUCACUUCGCUUCCUUCCCUCGUCCCCUCAUCUCCUACCUGCAUCAUCCUCCCCCGCUCGCCCGCCUCCCCCGCCUCUCGCCCCAUCUCUCCGCGCUUGUUCCCUCUCCGAAAAUGUUCCCAGAAUUCCUCGACUUCCUCCAUGUCUCAAAACGACGGAUCGCUGGAAUCGUUGCCCGUUAAGCAAAAAGAGCACCUGUUUAACCUGGACGUGUUUAUCUCCAAAGCGCUGAAGUUGUGCCGUCACGCGAAAGAUAAAACGGAGGGAAAGAAAGCGAGGGAUGCAGGUUGGAAGGACGACAGCAAACAAAUGGGAAUAAACCAAAAAGUGCCAAGGCUUCCAGAGCAUCGGACUCCUCCACCACCCACCCCGCACUCAUAG